AUGGAACCAUUAGCUAAGGUUCAAGAGGCCACUAAGGCCGCAAUCGAAAGAGCUUUUACUAAUUUCAAAAAGUGUCCAAAAGAUAGGUUAAGUCAAGCUUAUCUUGAAACUAGGUUGGAGACAUUAGAACAGCACUGGGCAGUCUUUUUUAAAACUCAACAAGAGAUUGUCAGUAGCAUUGACGAGGAUGAACUGCAAGAGUCUGAUUAUUACAAAGACAAUGUGUUUGACGAGGUUGUGUUGCAAACUUUUUGGGUACUUACCCUGAUUAUUCGAUCCCUCAUUGUUAAACUUUUAUUACAGGACAAAGUAACCCAAGUGCGCGACAGCCGCGCGGCCUUGGACACGCUUCGGGCGGAACACGCGGCGCGUCUCGCGGCCCAAGCUGAAGCCGCCGAGCGCCAGCGCCAGAUGCAGAUGGCGGCCAAGCUGCAGGCCAUGCGCAAGAAGAAGCACGAGUACCUGCAGUACCAGCGGCAGUUGGCUCUGCAGAGAGUCCAAGAGCAAGAAAGAGAAAUGCAAAUGAGGCAGGAACAGCAGAAGCACCAGUACAUGAUGUCGACCAACAGCGGCUACUACAUGCCCGGCGUCAGCGCGCCGCAGUACCAGCCCGCCUUCCCGGCGCCGCUCUACGCCGGGCCCUACCAUCCGCAGAUGAUGCCCCAGCCCGACCAGGCCCUGUCCAUGCCCGGACAACCCCAGAUGUCCCAGCCCAACGUCCAACUCCCCCAGCCAAUGCCCCAAAUGACCAACGCCUUCGCCAUGUCCACCUCCGGCGUCGCCAUCAGCCAGGCUCCCGUCACCGCACAACCCUCCGCCACCGCCAACGUCCGUCAACCCAUCAACCAGACCCCUCUCCAGCAGCAGAUGAUGAUGCAACAGAUGCACCAGAUGCGAAUGCCCAUGCAAGCCGGAGUACACCAGAUGAUGAUGCAGAAUAUCCCCAACGGAAUGACCGCGCCCAACGCCCAGCCCAGCCAGGCGCAGCUGAAACAGAACCUGAAUCAGCCCCAGCAACAGAAUAUGAUGCCGAUGUCGACCGGCCAGCCCAAUAUGCCGCAGAACAUCAUGAACGCCAACCCCGCCCUCGGGAUGCAGAUGCAGAACAUGAGAAUGUCCAUGAUGCCAGGAAACCAAAACGCUAGUCAAGUCCCCGUUUCCGCUUACUCCGUUCCCAAUCAGCAGAAUAAUCAAAUCGGGAGUCAAGGGCCGAGUAUGCAGCAACCCGGGCAACCCAUGCCCGGUCAGCCGAUGUCGCUCCAGGGACAGAUGAUGCAAGGUCAACAUCCCGGCAUGGCCUUGCCCAACCACAUUCCGAACCAAGGCCAGAACGCUCCGCUUCAAGGCCAGCAAAUGCCGCAGGCCCAAACUCAACAACCGCCCCCGCAGCAGGGUCAAGUGACGCAAAAUCAGCCGAUGCCGAUGCCAAAUCAGCCUGGACAAAUGAUGAUGCACGGACAAAUGCCUCACGGUCAGAACAUUCCGCAGCAAGGUCAAAUGGUCCCCGGACAACAGAUGGUCCAAGGACAGCAGAUGCCGCACCAGAUUCCACCUCAUCUGCAAGGCCAGGUCCCCCAAGCCCAGCCGCCUCAGCAGGCGCCGCAAAUGCAACAAGGUCAGCCUAUGCAUCAAGGGCAGUCGAUGCCUCAGGGACCCCAGAUGCCGCCAGGGCAGGGUAUGCCUCAGGGACAACCCAUGCAGCAAAAUAUGCCAGGUCAACCCAUGAAAAUGCAGCAACAGAAUUUCAACGGGCCCCCUCCUGGCCCACAACCGCCUAACCCUAGCCAGACCUCCCAACAAGUUCAGACCCCUGUCAAAUCGGAACACAAUAACAACACAGCGGAGCUGAUCAGUUUCGACUGAAAUCCCGUACGUGAAUAAUAUUAUGGAGAUAUGUAUUUAUUAAAUGACCAGCUUCAUGUUUGAUGUUAAGUAAAAAAAGUUGCAAUAAUACGCACUUAGAUGUGCGAGUUUUAACCAAAAUAUUUUCGUGUAAUUUUGGUGAAUAAUAACAAUUUUAUAAUAUUUAAAAGUAUAUACCGAUUAACUGUAGAAUAAUGUUUGAAUCGCAUAAUGACAGCAUCCAAAGAAUUUUAUUUAGACAGCAAAAGUUAUUGGUGCCUUGAUGUCUCGAAAUAACUGAAUGUGUCGGUACUCUGCCAUCUUCUAGAAAUUAACAUUAUCUAAGUACCUACUGUUUGGCAAAACUUCUUUGGAUAUGACUACAUCACAGAUAUUAAUAUUUCAUUCAUUUUCUAUGAUACUUUUUAGCUAUAAUGGAAUGUUCCUCACAUUGAGCUAGAGUCUUUCUUUUGCCACAUUUAGUCACAAAUAUUUAAUUUAAUGCUAAUACACAAAAUAACAAUUUUUCCUCUAAAUUUAUCGUCUGAUCAUUAUUUUUUUAUAACUAAUGCAAAAUGCCUUUGUGAGGACUCAAUUUAGAUUGUUAUGGCCUUGUAAUCUAUGUAAAUGCAAACAUGUAAAAUAUUAUGUGUCGUUCGUAGUUUAUUUAGAUAAUAUUUAACGUAUAGUAAAGUAAUUGAAA